AUGGACCUGGACGAAACAAUGACGACUUCAACUUCUUCGUCUCCUCCGGCAUCGUCACAUCCUGACAACAACGAAGACGAUUUGUUCCCUCAGUCGGCCUCCUCAGCGUCCAAUGCUCCGCGAACCCCGAUUCCUCCAAACGAACACCUCAACGACGCCGCAGCACCCGGUGAACUCUCCCCGCCAGGGUCGCAGGGCCACGAGAAUGACCACCACCACCAGCCUGCAUUCAACGAAGCAAACACGAGCAGUCGAAGAUUGCGAAGUGCAGGAUUCGGUAACCAGCGCACUGCAGGCAGCGCGAAUCCCUCCUCCUCCUCCGCCACCGCAGCAUCGGCAUCGUUUGUAGAAGACAGCAGAGAGGGCGGUGCAGGAUGGGGCUGGAAGAACAAGAAAGCGCAGGAAGAGAUGUCGCGUGCCUGGGACAACGUGGUCGAUCGGGAUUUCAGUCUCAAGGAGUACGGAGAUGUCAUGAUGAAAGCAACGAAAGUCGAUGAAGAAGGGCUCUUUGCCAGCUAG